CCCAUUAUGCCAUCACAACCAAAAAUAUUUCAUUUACAUUUUCACUUCAAAUUCCCAUCAUGACUACCAUUUCAUUCAACCACAACAACCAAAAAUCAAACAACAUUCAUCACCAAAAAGGACUCAUCAUUGAAGAAAUUGAAGGACUCAUAAAAGUUCACAAAGAUGGACAUGUAGAAAGACCACAAAUUGUUCCCAACAUCUCAUGCAAUUUUGCACCACAGAAUGGUGUCAUUUCAAGAGACAUUACAAUCAACAAACAAACUAAUUUAUGGACACGUGUCUAUCUCCCAACAUCAACCUCUCAUAAUGACAAUAACAAGCUUCCUUUGCUUGUUUAUUUCCACGGUGGUGGAUUUUGUGUUGGUUCUGCUUCAUGGAUUUGUUACCAUGAAUUCUUAAUCAACCUUGCUUCGAAAGCGAAUUGUGUUGUUGUCUCGGUUAAUUAUCGUUUAGCUCCCGAAAAUCGUCUUCCUUCUGCUUACGACGAUGCUUUCGAUGCUCUCAUGUGGAUCAAACACGAAGCGUUAUAUAAUAAAAACCAAAAUUGGUGGUUGAAACAUUGCAACAUUUCUUCUCUUUUUCUAUGUGGUGAUAGUGCCGGAGCUAAUAUAGCUUACAAUGUUGUUGCUACGCGCUUAGCGUCAAAUUCAAAUUCAAACAUGUCAUCGUGUUUGAAUCUGAAUCCGUUAAUUUUAAAAGGUAUUAUAUUGAUUCAACCUUUUUUUGGAGGAGAAGAAAGGACGAAUUCUGAGAAAAACCUUCGGCAACUACAAAACUCAGCGCUUAGUUUAUCGGUUUCGGAUACUUACUGGCGAUUAUCGCUACCUAUUGGAGUUUCGGUUUCGCGCGAUCAUCCAUAUUGUAAUCCUCUUGCAACAAGUGGAAUAUCUAAGAUGAGAGAUUUGAGGGUUCCUUCUAUUAUGAUAUGUGUUUCGGAAUUGGAUAUACUACGAGAUAGAAACUUGGAGUUUUCAAAUUGUUUGGUUAAAGCUGGGAAAAGAGUUGAAACUUAUGUUUACAAAGAUGUUGGACACGCUUUUCAAGUGUUGCAUAAUUAUCAACUUUCUCAUGUUAGGACACAAGAAAUGGUGUCUCAUAUCAAGAACUUCUUGAAUCAAUGACUCAUGUGUUGUUCUCUCUUCGUACUUGUUUGUAUCUUACAAAAAUAGAUAAAUGGAAUAAUGCAGUAGAAUACACAGAGAAAUAAUAGGGUGGUCCUUGUUUCUAAUAUAUUUAUUCUUUAGAGACUGCUUUUAAUAAACCGUAGUCCUAUAAGUAGGCCGUUGGGAUUUAGGCUAUUUUGAGAAAAGAAUAUAAGUCAAAGGACUUCUUUUAAAGGAAAGAUGCUUGACAAGAAGGAUGGUAUGGUAUGGUUGCAUAUUGGUAUAAGACAAUGAGUUUUUCUUUUUUAUUCCUUGAAAUUUUUAGGCAGCUUUUGAAAUUGACAAAAUGACCUUUAGAUUCUAGAGG